CGACCCAUUCGACUUCGAUCUCCUAAAAAACCUACCUUUUGACCAUUAGCUGGUGGGUUUGUUACCCUUUCUCUCUCUCUCACCAAAACCCACCCAUUUCAAUUUGUUGCCUCUCUCUCUAUCUCUAUUUUUUUUUCUUUUUUUUUUUUUUUUCUUUUCUUCUUCUAUCUGUUCAUCGCUGGGUAUGGUCAUGACUGUCCAUUAAACCCUAAUUUCCCUAUCUCUAUACUCUUCACUCCACAGAAACAAAAGCUAUAAGGGGACUAAAAGUACGUAUAUAUGUCCUUCAAUCAAUCAAGGUCCGAUAAAAGCGAGACACAGUAUCGGAAACCAGGACGAUCCGCAGGUUCUAAUCAGCAGCGGACCUCCUCAGGUGCUUACAGUAAGGGCGGCGGCGGGGGGCCCGCCCAUUCACCGUCUUCUUCUAUUUCAUCCAAUCGGAGUUUCAAGAAGUCUAACAAUGUUCAAGGAGAACAAUCUAGGCUAAACGUACCAGCUGUGAAUUCUUCCGAUUCUGCUAAUGCUUCUGCGUCUCGUAAUGUACAGAAUGGUGCCCAUGCACAGCUUCCAUUACACGGAGCAUCUGUUGCACCUGUUUCAAUUGGUACUGUCAAGCCAAAUGAAACGCCCAUCACUCAGAGAAGUAGCCGAGCUGUUCCUAAGGCUCCAACUUCUCAAUCAGCCACCUUGAGUUCUGAUACUGCAUCACCUAUGACGCCCGCUAAAGCCCCUGGAGAUACAUCUAAGGCAUUCCCAUUUCAGUUUGGGUCCAUAAGUCCUGGUUUCAUGAAUGGGAUGCAGAUUCCUGCUCGAACAAGCUCAGCUCCUCCUAAUUUGGAUGAGCAGAAACGUGACCAGGCACGCCACGAUACAUUUAGAUCUGUGCCUCCAUUGCCAACUCCUGCUCCUAAGCAACAAUUACCAAGGAAGGAUUUAGAUGUUGUCGACAAUUCUAGUGCUGGGGAGCCUCAUCCAAUGGCCAAAGCCAAGAAGGAUGUCCAAGUCUCAACUACACUGCCCAUGAGCCAGACACAAAAGCCGUCUGUUCUUCCCCGACCUAUGUCUUCCAUGCAAAUGCCAUUUCACCAACCACCAGUGUCUGCACAGUUUGGUGGCCCAAAUCCACAGAUUCAGUCACAAGGUGUUACGCCAACUUCACUUCAAAUGCAUAUGCCAAUGGCGGCAUUACCAAUGGGAAAUGCCCCCCAAGUGCAACAGCCAAUGUUUGUUCAAGGUCUUCAACCCCAUCCAAUGCAGCCUCAGGGAAUCAUGCAUCAGGGCCAGAGCUUGAGUUUUACUCCUCCAAUGGGUCCGCAGCUGCCUCCUCAGUUAGGCAACUUAGGAAUUGGGAUCACCUCACAAUAUCCUCAACAACAGGGAGGAAAAUUUGGUGGUCCUCGUAAAACAACUGUCAAGAUUACUGAUCCGAAGACACAUGAAGAGUUGAGGCUUGAUAAGCGGACAGACACAUAUGUAGAUGGUGGAUCAUCAGCCCUUAGGUCUCAUCCUAAUAUGCCUCAAUCCCAGCCAAUUCCAUCAUUUGCGCCUACUCUUCCAAUGAAUUACUAUUCCAAUUCUUAUAAUCCAAAUAAUCUGUUUUUUCAAACUUCGAGCUCUCUACCGCUGACCAGUGGCCAGAUAGCACCCAAUUCUCAGCCUCCUAGGUUUAAAUAUGUUAGCCAAGGUCCACAAAAUGUAUCGUAUGUGAAUCCACCUGCCCUUAAUUCUUUGCCAGUUAACAAGCCUGGGACUUUAAUUCAUGGUGUGGCAGAACCAUCAAACUCAGAACAUGCUCGUGAUGCACAUAAUGUGAUCUCUACUUCAGGAAUGGUACAGAUGAAGGUGAAGCCAACAGCUAGUUUUAUUGGGGAGAAGGCUCAGGACUUACUGUCAUUCAAUAAUUCAUCUGCAAUUGAUAAGGAUGGAUCUGGUAAACCUUCAAGGCCCUCUGUGGAAGCUAACUCAUCUAGUGUGCAAAAGGAUUCAAAGAAUGUUCCAGAAAAUUCUUUACAGCAUUCAAAACCUGGUAGUGAAUCUUUGGAAUCCAAGUCAUUGCCAGUGGAAUGUAGAGAAGCUGUGGCAGUCGCUGGUGAUAGUGUGGCUUCCAAUUCUUCAUUACCUGGUGCACCUGCUCAGUCUGAGGAAUUAAUGCUUGCUGGGAGCAACACUGAAGGCAAAAGGAAGGAAAAUCUGAGUAGGUCAAACUCCACUAAGGAUCAUCAGAUGAAACCAGGCAAAAAAGGAUAUAUCCAGUCCCAGCAUCAGAUCGGUGGACAAUCUAGCUCGAUUUCAAGCUUUUCUUCUCAUAAUUUAGAACAAGGAAUAUCAUCUAACAGCAGAGUUUCUGAUUCUCUGGAAACUAAAGCAACUCUUACUUCAUCAGUAAUCAACAAAGGUUUGACAGAAUUAAGCCACGAAUCAGGUCCUAUUAUUAGUGCUUCAACUUUUGACAUUUCUGAAGCCAAGUUUGAUGAAUCUGUAGAGGGUUUCGAUGGUGUACCUUCUGAAGUUUCUCGUGCUCAAGGUAUUGUUGAUGUUGCAGAUGCUGCUCAUCAAGCUAAGGUAAGUGAUUCUUCCCUGCAGGAACAGCUUAAUUAUGAAACUCCAGGAACUGAAAGGCAAGGAGGAAAGGGAUUGCCUGAAGGUUGUAAACAAGAUGUUAGCAAUUUGGAGAUUUCUUCAAAGCUCAUUUUAAAAAAAUCUGCAGACUUAAUCAAUCAAAGUACAGAGGGAUCAGCUUUGACAGGUAAAGCUUUUGGCAAUGAGAUUCGAGACUUGGAGACCAUGCAGGAUGGGCUAGAUGAAUCUGUGACUUGCCACAUAGAAAAUGACAGGAUGUCGGAUAACAUGGGUGUUUCCACAUCCAGGAAUUUGGAAUCUGCAGAUGUUGGAAAGUUCCAUGCCGAUGAGAACCUGACAUUGGAUGCUUCUUCAAGCAAAAGUGAUAAUGUGGGUGAUAAGGAAGCAUCUGUUAUGAAAUCUGGUGCAUUGGAUCAGCCGUUUGUCCCAGUUCCAACUCCAGAUCUUUCUGAGGCAACUUCAAAGAAUGAAUGCAAAGUUGUGGAAAAUAGUGGUACUGGCUCCCUUGCAGUAUCUAGUUCCAAGGACAAAGCUGUUGACCUGACCAGAGCAAAGACUACAUCUGCCAAACUGAAGAAGAAGAAAAAAGAAAUUCUUCAGAAAGCUGAUGCUGCUGGUACAACUUCUGAUCUUUAUAUGGCAUACAAAUGUCUUGAAGAAAAGAAAGAAAGUGUUGCUUCUUCAGAAGUAAUGGAAAACACUUCUACUUGCACUAAUAUGAAGCAGGCACCUGUGGAUGCACUUGAGGUGGACUCCAUGACAAGUAAGACUUACAUACAGAAUAAAGCUGAGCUAGAUGAUUGGGAAGAUGCUGCUGACAUAUCUACGCCCAAAUUGGUAGCUUCAGAUAAUGGGGCGGAGGCUCUUGGUGAAUUAGUGCAGCAUGGCAAAAUUGAGAAUGCUAAUACAACAAAAAAGUAUUCCAGAGAUUUUCUUUUGAAAUUUUCUGAACAGUUUACUGAUCUUCCAGAAAAUUUUGAAAUUACAUCUGAUAUUGCUGAAGUUUUUAGUGUUUCUCAUUUUAUUGAUCGGGAUUCAUAUCCUAGCCCUGGAAGAGUCAUAGACAGGUUAAACGGUGGAUCUCGGAUGGACCGUCGUGGAAGUGGUAUGGCUGAUGAUGAUAGAUGGAGUAAACUGCCAGGCACCAUUGGCAUGGGGAGGGAUUCACAUGUGGAUAUUGGUUUUGGAGGUAGUGCAGGGUUUCGACCUGUCCAAGGAGGAAAUUAUGGUGUUUUAAGGAAUCUGCGAGCACAGACGACUCAGUAUGCUGGAGGUAUCCUUUCUGGGCCUUUGCAAAGAAAUAGCCCAGAUGCUGAUAGGUGGCAGCGUGCAACAAAUUUCCAGCAAAAGGGACUAAUUCCUUCUCCUCAAACUCCAUUGCAGAUGAUGCACAAGGCUGAGAAAAAGUAUGAAGUGGGUAAAGUGGCAGAUGAAGAAGAGUUGAAGCAAAGGCAGUUGAAAGCUAUCUUGAACAAACUGACUCCUCAGAAUUUUGAAAAACUUUUUGAACAGGUGAAAGCGGUUAACAUAGACAAUACUGUCGCACUUACUGGUGUUAUCUCACAGAUCUUUGACAAAGCUUUAAUGGAGCCUACUUUCUGUGAAAUGUAUGCCCACUUCUGCUAUCAUCUGGCUGCAGAGUUGCCUGAUUUUACUGAAAAUAAUGAAAAGACUAAUUUCAAGAGAGUACUUCUUAACAAGUGCCAGGAGGAAUUUGAGAGAGGGGAGAGAGAGCAAGAAGAAGCUAAUAAAGCUGACGUGGAGGGUGAGACAAAACAGUCUGAAGAGGAAAGAGAAGAAAAAAGAGUUAAGGCACGAAGACGAAUGCUUGGUAACAUAAGACUAAUCGGGGAGUUGUAUAAGAAGAAAAUGUUGACUGAGAGAAUAAUGCAUGAAUGCAUCAAAAAGCUCCUCGGUCAGUAUCAGAAUCCUGAUGAGGAAGAUGUUGAGGCACUGUGCAAGCUAAUGAGCACAAUUGGAGAUCUGAUUGACCAUCCCAAAGCCAAGGAGCAUAUGGAUGCCUAUUUUGACAGGAUAACAAUGCUAUCAAACAACAUGAAACUGUCUUCAAGGGUUAGGUUCAUGUUGAAGGAUGCCAUUGAUCUGAGAAAAAACAAAUGGCAGCAGAGGAGGAAGGUUGAAGGGCCAAAAAAGAUUGAGGAAGUACACAGAGAUGCUGCACAAGAACGACAUAAUCAAGCUAGUAGGUUGGUUCGCAAUCCUAGCAUCAAUCCCUCUGCGAGAAGGGCACCUAUGGAUUUUGGGCCAAGAGGUUCAGCGAUGCUACCUUCCCCAAAUUCUCAGAUGGGAGGUUUCCAUGGUUUGCCUAAUCAGGUUCGUGGGUAUGGGACCCAGGAUGUUCGUUUUGAGGAGAGGCAAUCUUACGAGGCUAGGACUUUGUCAGUUCCCUUGCCUCGGCCUCUUGGUGAUGAUUCAAUUACUUUGGGUCCCCAAGGUGGGCUUGCCAGAGGAAUGUCCAUUAGAGGGCCACCUGCAACAGCAAGCUCCCCUGUAGCCGAUAUUUCCCCUAGCCCAGGCGAUUCAAGAACCACAGCUGGUUUGAAUGGUUUUAGUACUGUGUCUGAGAGGCCAGCUUACAGUCCAAGGGAGGAUUUUAUUCGAAGAUAUGCUCCUGACCGAGUUGCUGUUCCAGCUGCUUUUGAUCAAAUGAGUGCUCAGGAUCAUAAUAUGAGUUAUGUUAACAGGGAUCCUCGUAAUCAAGAUUGCAGCUUUGAUAGACCUCUUGCAACCUCACCACCUGCACAGGCUCAGAUACCGGCUUUCUCCCAAAAUAUUCUAUCAGAAAAGGUGUGGCCUGAAGAGCAUCUGCGAGAGAAGUCGAUGGCAGCAAUUAAAGAAUUUUACAGUGCCAGAGAUGGGAAAGAAGUUGCUUUAUGCAUCAAGGAAUUGAAUUUUCCAAGUUUCCAUCCUUCAAUGAUCGCACUCUGGGUCACAGACUCAUUUGAGAGGAAGGACAUGGAAAGAGAUCUUUUGGCUAAACUUCUUGUCAGUCUUGCAAGGUCUCAGGAUGGGAUAUUAACUCCAUCCCAGCUCGUCAAAGGGUUUGAAUCAGUUCUCACCACUUUGGAGGAUGCUGUCAAUGAUGCCCCCAAAGCAGCGGAAUUUCUUGGCCGCAUGUUUGCAAAUGUUGUACUGGAAAAUGUGGUCCCUUUGAGAGAAAUUGGGCAGCUAUUAUGUGAAGGUGGAGAGGAGCCAGGCCGUCUCCUUGAGGUUGGACUUGCAGGGGAUGUUCUUGGAAGUAGUUUGGAGAUGAUAAAAGCAGAGAAAGGAGAAAGUUUCUUAAAUGAGCUCCUAAUUGGUUCCAAAUUGCAUCUGGAGGAUUUCCGGCCUUUGGAUCCUAACAGAUCAAGGAUAUUACAAAAAUUUAUUUAGAUGAUAGUGAAUGCUCAUUGUAUCUUUGUUAGAAAAGAAAUCCCAAUGUCUAGUGCAUCUAGGUUACCUAUAAAUAUUUUUCAACAUGGGUGGGUGGUUGGGGAUUUAUGUGGGGUUGUCAUCUCCAUGUCCUAAUAUUAUUCUUUAAAAUAUUCACUGCAAUUAUGAAGGUUCGAUUGAGCAUCGGAAUUUUGAAUUCUAA